GUAGUCUGAGGCACAUGGGCCCCCCUCAGUCGACACAGUCAGAGAAGGGAGAGGGACGGGAAAACUAUGGCACAGCAAAACUGACCCCUUUCCCUCAAACUAGAGGCACAAAUCCAACAGGGAGAGAGAGACAACGAGUGAUAGGGUGUAAGCUGGGGAAGAGAGAGACAUUUGUGGAAGGCUGUGUGGCUGUUAAGCAGUGAAGCCCGCGAAAAUCCACCAUCGAAGCCUCCAGAAGUCUGACGUCCCCACAAGUCUGACGUCCCCUUCGAGUCUGAUCCAAGUGAGGACCUCGGUGCUACGCAUUUCUUCUUCUUUGGACAUCUUCUUGUCAGUGUUUCCGCGUACAAACUACACCAUGCACAAACGAACGAAGGUGAAGAUCACGUUCUUUGUGAUCCUGGUGGGUAUGGCGUCCAUGUUUACGGCGGUGGUGACGGACCAUUGGGCCGUGCUGAGCCCGCGGGUGGAGCAGGUGAACGCGACGUGUGAAGCGGCCCACUUUGGCCUCUGGAGGCUGUGUAAGAAGGCCAUCUACGUCAGUGAGGCGGACUACAAUGGAAAGGGUUGCGGCCCCAUCAGCUUACCUGGAGCGGAGAACUGCACUUACUUCAAACACUUCACUCCAGGGGACGAGUCUGAGAUUUUUGAAGUCAAAACCCAGAAAGAGUACAAUAUCUCAGCAGCGGCCAUCGCCAUCUUCAGCCUGGCCUUUAUGAUCCUGGGCACCUUGUGUCUCCUGUGCUCCUUCAAGAAGGGGAAUGACUACAUCCUCAAACCUGCCGGAAUGUUCUUCGCUUUUGCAGGCCUGUGCGCCAUCAUCUCAGUGGAAGUGAUGCGUCAGUCGGUAAAGCGGAUGAUCGAGAGCGAGGACACCAUCUGGAUAGAGUACUCCUACGCCUGGUCCUUUGCCUGUGCCUGCGCUGGCUUCUGCCUCCUCUUCCUCAGUGGCAUCGGCCUCCUCCUGCUCUCCAUGCCCCGCAUGCCCCAAAACCCCUGGGAGUCCUGCAUGGACGCUGAACACGAAGUGGAGUAAUAGACAGAGGGAUGAGAGGAGGGAGAGAGGAAGAGAGUGACACUUUCUUUAAAAGCAAUACGAUCACAAUCAACUUUGUGUCGUUCUAUAGUGGAACCAGAGGGUUCUUUCACACAGUGCUUGGGAGCAGUCCAAUGUACCGAAUGAAAAAUACAAGUUAAAUGGGUUUCCAUCGCAUUUUCAACUCUAAUGACGACAAAAAACAGUUGCGUUAUAUAGCAAAUGUGCUGAUCUGGUCUUGGCACGUGCACUCUAGCCAACAGCUCGCAGAUACAGUGUGGGUAGGCUACCUACAUUUGAAGAUUAUUAUGGAUAAGAGCGAUACAAUUUUGGUUAAAUGGCACUUUCACCACCGUGUGAAUCUCAUCAUAAUUUAUUUCUUCUGUAGCCUAAUAAACUGCAUGCUUUCCCGAGUCAUAGUGGGAGGACCACACAACAUACAGCAUCAUAGCGACUCCCAAGUUAACUUCGAUAUGAUGGUUAUCAUAUAAAUAUUAGCAAAUAAAGGCAUUUCCACCUCCAUUUCUCACAUAAUUCAUUUUAUACACAAACAUCCCACCAUGUCCAAAGAGCAAAUUGUCUGUUUUAUAAAAUUGUAGAGGUAUUUCCUGUUUCCAUCAGCCCAGUCGUGACUUUUUUCAAGUGUCAUUCAUCAGCAUGAAAUGGUUGGAUGGAAACCUGGUUAAUUCUACAUUUUUACAUGUUAUUUAAUGGUAUAAAUAGUAAUGGAUUGACAUUUGACCUAUGCAUUCACCUUUUCUUUACUGUGUGUUUUGUAUGAUAAUUCUGUACAUAAGUCAAUCAAUUUAUAACUGAGAGGGUUCUCCUGUUAUUUUCAGUGCAUCAAGCACUUGCAUUGAAUUUAUGUCAAAUGUAUUCAGGCAGAUUAAGAUAAACCAGGACAUUGUUAGAAUCAGAUGCCAAAUUAUUACUUCAUGAUUAAGUAUUUAAUAUUAUUACAACUCCUUAAAAAUAUAUAUUCACAGCAUACAUAACACUUCUUUACAUCACAAUUAGUGUUAUCAAAACGAUCAGUUUUAAUUCUAGAAUUUAGGUCAUGUUAGAUUUAUAGUGAAAAAAUAUAUAUUUUCAGUUUUCAAAUGGACUUACUUUUAUAAGAAUAAUACAUGGGUGUGACAGUAAAUUGGAGAAGCAAAUAAUGCUGUCUGGUGGGUUUAGUUAGUGUGCAUACCAUGCGGAAUACUAAACACCAACAGUCUCUGAACCACUGAAUGUGUGGGUUGCCAUGUUGGAAAAGGUUCAAUUCUAGAAAGUGUACACGAAACACUAAAAACCCCCCAACUUUUUUUUUAGAGCUGAGCACAUGGCAGCCCAAUUUCUUUGACUAUUUGAUCCCAUUCAAUUUAGGGGAACCAAGUGCUCUAUUUUUAAUCAAGGUAUAAUUUUCUGAUUUUAGUUAGUGUCUGAUGCAGUUAACUUGGAACUCGCAAGGUACUCAGUAGCCAACACUUUCAGAGUCUUUCAGUUCAAAUGGUCAGGGAAAAACUCAGAGCCUUAUUAUGUACCAUCUAGAUCCAGGAUAUGGCUUUAAUAUAUAUAUAUUUUCCUAAUGUCCAGUCUUUUCAGCCAAACUAAACUGGACUGCUCUCCCAUGUUACCGUUCAUCUUUAGCUUCUAUGGACAGGCAGGAAUUAGGUGUACAUUCUUUUUGUUAUGGAUGAUACUGCUUUUGUAUUUACUCAGUGGAAGUGUUAAACUAGGAUUCUUUUUGAUACAGAAAUGUACAUUACUAGUGUCUCAAAACAAGCUUGAGCUAAGACCAUUGCUUUCCCCAUUUGACAUUUGAUUGAAUAGAUGAGGGCAGUUGAUAAAGGUAUUGGCACUAUUGUACUUAAACGCUACAUAAGACUUCAUGAAUGUAGCAGAUUAAAACUUGCUUAGCCAUGUCAUCUGUCCUUGCCUGUUAGAACUAGCUUUUGGUAUGCAAUGAUGGAUUACAGUACAGUGCUUGUCUUUAGUUCUGUGUACAUGUUAUGAUAACCAUAAAACCAUGCAUUUCUAAUGAAAAUAAAUUCACUGAUAUCUAGCUUUGAUGAAA